AUGGCAGAUGAUAGGCCCAAAGCCCAAAUUACGAGCUCGAAUACGCCCACGAACGAUCCCGCGAAAACAGGCUAUGACCCGACAGCCAAAUGGAGCAAUUACUGGAACAUACUCACUGGGCGCAUGACCACAGAAGGGCAGCAUGAGUUCCGUGAGGCAGCAUACAUACGUAACGAGGCUGCGGACUGCAAGAAAUGCGACGAGUGGAGGGAUUGGUGUUUCCAGUACUCGCCUACGGUCAUCUUCAUGAAGAAGAACAUUGAGGCUUUGAAUGGUGAUCUACAUGCGGGAAAUGUUAUCUGUAGGAGGUGUCCGACGCGAAAGGAUGAGAAUGGAAACUGGGUUAGGCAAGGAGGAGGUUUCAGUCCAGACCAUGGGAUUCUGAUCUGUGCGAAUGAGAUGAGGGAUAAGAAGCAUUUGGAGGAUACGUUGGCGCACGAGAUGGUGCAUGCUUGGGAUCAUUUGAGGUGGAAGGUUGAUUGGGCAGAUUUGAGGCAUGCGGCUUGUACAGAGAUUCGGGCUUCAAGUUUGAGUGGAGAGUGUAGGUGGAUGAGAGAAUUCUGGACGAGGAACAACUGGACUUUAACACAACAACAUCAGAACUGUGUAAGAUCAAGAGCAGUAAGAUCCGUGAUGAACAGGCCAUCUUGCAAAGACGAUGUACAGGCAGUGAAGGUGGUCAAUGAAGUAUGGGAUUCUUGUUUCGCGGAUACCCGCCCAUUUGACGGCAUUUACAGAUAG